CGAUGCUGACAGAUUCCAGAAAGCAGGAGCGAGGACAUGUUUUUCUUCCCAAAGAAAGACGAAGUUGAUGAGAAGUUGUCCCCCAAUGAGCGCGAAGGAGGAGGUCUUAUCUGUCCUGCGUGUCUUCAUCAGUCACUGGGACGCACUCGGACCGACUUCACGUCCACGCCGCGCCGGACCAGGAAUAACUCGUGCAAGGAGACGCUCGGAAGGAACAGAUCUAACCCCCCGCCCCCCGCUAGAACCCUAUCUGAGCCGCUCUUCUGCCCCGCAGCUGCGACUCCCCGAGGACUUAAGUUGGCCAUGAAGACCCGAAUGGACUGACUUUACUUGGCCGGGAUAAACACGACCUGGACGCGCUCAAGUCUCCCGCUGAGACGACAAGCGAGCAGGUGAUGUCGAUAAAGUUUGCUGUCCUCCAAAAGUGAGAAGACGGCGUCGGAGUUGUUCAAGAGUCUUCAUUAAUGAUGUCUUCCAUGCGAGCGUCGCCUCCCUUUCGCGCUCCAUCCGUGGAAGCGGACGACGACGACAACAACGCUGCCUGGUUGGACGACGAAGGUCCCAGGGAGACCACGUCGCCCUCUCCUCCCGACCAGCCCCGGCCCCUGGAUGAGCUGCAGCCAAUCAGGGAGAAGCGAGGGGCCGCGGACUCGUGGGAUGAUGUCGGCUCCUCUGCCAUGGACCACGAUGGCGCUAAAGGAUGCUCCGCCUACUCCUACCGGGCCAACUCCGCCUCCCCGCCCAAGCCGGAGGAGUGUUACCGGGGGGAUCGCGGCGAGCAGACGGUGUCGGGCGCCACCUUCGGCACGCCGGAACGCCGCAAAGGGAGUCUGGCGGACGUGGUGGACACCUUGAAACAGAAGAAGCUGGUGGAGAUGACCAAGACGGAGCAAGACGAGCCGUCCUGCAUGGAGAGACUGCUCUCCAAGGACUGGAAAGAACGCGUCGAUCGACUCAACGCCACUGAGCUGCUGGGUGAGGUCAGAGGGACGUCAGAGUCGCUGGAGGACAAGGAGCGGCAGCUUUCCGCCAUGAUCGGCCAGCUGAUCAGCCUGCGCGAGCAACUCCUCUCUGCCCACGACGAGCAGAAAAAGAUGGCCGCCUCGCAGCUGGAGAAGCAGAGGCAGCAGAUGGAGCUCGCCAGGCAGCAGCAGGACCAGAUUAGCAGACAGCAGCAGCAACUCCUGCAGCAGCAACACAAGAUCAACGUUCUCCAACAACAGAUCCAGGUCCAAGGGCACAUGCCCCCUCUCAUGAUCCCCGUGUUUCCUCACGAUCAGAGAUCUUUGGUGGCUGCCGCCGCCGCACAGCAAGGUUUCCUCUUACCACCCGGCAUGUCCUACAAACCAGGUGACAACUACCCCAUGCAGUUCAUUCCUUCAACAAUGGCAGCCGCUGCGGCUUCUGGACUCAGUCCACUUCAACUACAGCAGUUGUACGCCGCCCAGCUCGCAAGCAUGCAGAUUUCACCAGGGGCCAAGAUGGCGCCCCUCCCGCAGGGGCCCAACGCCUCGGGCCCCCUGUCGCCUUCCGCCCUCAAGAGCGAAAAGAAAGCGUCCAGUCCUGUCGCUCAAGUCAAGGAGGAAGGAUCCACACAACCUCUCAACCUCUCAGCCCGACCGAAGACAGGAGAGCCUCUGCGCUCGCCAACAUCGCCCACUCAGACCAUGUUCUCCGGCAACAAGACCAGCCCCACCGGGGGAGGCAAGGCCCGGGUCCCCAGCCCUGUGACCUCCAUGGGCCGCAACGCAUCCCUAGACAUCUUGUCCAGCCUGAACUCCACGGCUCUCUUCGGGGACCAGGACGCCGUGAUGAAGGCCAUCCAGGAGGCCAGGAACAUGAGGGAGCAGAUCCAGAGAGAGCAGCUGCACCACCACCCGCAGCACCAGCCUCCCUCGCAUCUUCAUCACCACCACCAUCAUCAUCCUCCUCCCGCCGCAGCGCCUCCCGGUCACCAAAGUCUGGAGGCCAAACUGUCGGCGCUGAGCAGCAUGAGCCUCAACAACGGCAACAAGGAGCGUCUGCACUACGAAUCGCUGAGUCAUCACUUGGGCAAACUGGGCGAGGAUGCGGGCAAGAUGGUCCAUCGAGUCAUCGACCUGACCAGGCCAGAGGAUCUGGAUGGAAGCAGCAUCACGGAGGCGCGAGUGUUCCGGGAGGCGCGGGGCAGGAACAACAGUGAGCCGCACAUCAAGAGGCCCAUGAACGCCUUUAUGGUCUGGGCCAAAGACGAGCGGAGGAAGAUCUUGCAGACCUUCCCUGACAUGCACAACUCCAACAUCAGCAAGAUCCUAGGUUCUCGCUGGAAAGCUAUGACCAACCAGGAGAAGCAGCCGUACUACGAAGAGCAGGCCCGCCUCAGCAAGAUCCACUUGGAGAAGUACCCCAACUACAAGUACAAGCCGCGGCCCAAGAGGACGUGCAUCAUCGACGGCAAGAAGCUGCGCAUCGGCGAGUACAAGCAGAUGAUGCGCUCACGACGCCAGGAGAUGAGACAGUUCUUCGUUGGCCCCCAGGCUCCCAUCCCACUGGGCAACAGCGCAGGCGGCGUGGGCGUCUACCCGGGUGGCAUCACCAUGGCGACGGCCGCCACGCCCUCCCCCCACCUGACCUCGGACUGCUCCAGCAACUCUGCCAGCCCCGAGCCGGCCGCGCCCGUCAUCCAGGCCGCGUACGGCGUGGUCAAGGCCGAGCCCGUCAGCGUGGGCAACAACGGCGCCACCGCCGACGACGACACGGACAUGUACGAGGACUUCGAGGACGAGCCCAAGUCGGACUACAGCAGCGAGCACGAGACGCGGGAGGACAUCGGCGCCAACUGAGGGCGCUCACAAAACAAACCGUCUUCAUCAGACGGUCGACAGUGACCUCGGACCCGCCGAGACGAGCCGGUCACAAUCUGAGGAGUCGGCAACUUUUUAUUAUCUCCGUCUUUUUACUUCUCGUCUUUGAUUUUCUGCCGUCCGUACAAACUCUGGACUGGCACGACUUGAAAUGACUUGAAAAGUUUGAAUAUCAAAUCUUUUAGUCUUACGUUCGUUUCUUGACAAACUACGGUGGCUGACAAGGACCAACAAGCAGCUACGUCCGAGCGCUCCAAACGUAAAAAUGAUUGAAAAGCAAAAAACACCAAAAAACAUGGAACACAAAAAAAUGUUGCAAGUCAAGGAGCAAAACAAAAGCGAGUUAGGCUCCCGGGAAAUUAACAAGUCUACGAGGAAGUUAGCCAGGCUACUAGAAGUUGAGGUAGGCUACUAGAAAAUUAGCCAGGCUACCAGGAAGUUAGCUAAGCUACCAUAAGAUUAGCGAGGCUACCAGAAGGUUAGUUAGGCUACCAGGAAGUUAGCCAGGCUACCAGACUUUUAGCUAUGCUACUAUAAAGUUAGCCAGUUCUACCAGGAAGUGAGCAAGGCUACAAGAAAAUUAGCCAGUCUACCAGGAUGUUAGCUAAGCCACCAGAAGGUUAGAGAGGCAACUAUAAGGUUAGCAAGGCUACCAGAAGGUUAGCUAGGCUACCAGGAAGUUAGCCAGGCGACCAGAUGUUUAGCUAGGCUACUAUAAAGUUAGCCAGUUCUACCAGGAAGUUAGCAAGGCUACCAGAAUGUUAGCUAGGCUACCAGGAAGUUAGCCAGGCUACCAAAAGGUUGGCCAGGCUACUAGAAAAUUAAUUAGGCUACCAGGAAGUUAACUAAGCUACCAGAAAUUUAGCAAGGCUACCAGAAGGUUAGCUAGACUACCAGGGAGUUAGCCAGACGACCAGAUGUUUAUCAAGGCUACUAUAAAGUUAGCCAGGAAGUUCUACUAGGAAGUUAACUAAGCUGCCAGAAGGUUAGCGAGGCUGCCAUACUGUUAGCAAGGCUACCAGAAGGUUAGCUAGGCUACUAUAAAUUAGUCAGACUACCAGGAAGUUAGCUAAGCUACCAGAAGGUUAGCAAGGUAUACCAGGAGGUUAGCUAGGCUACCAGGAAGUUAGCCAGGCGACCAGAUGUUUAGCUAGGCUACUAUAAAGUUAGCCAGUUCUACCAGGAAGUUAGCUAAGCUACCAAAAGAUUAGUUAGCCUACCUGGAAGUUAGACAGGCCGCCAUGAAAUGAGCAAGGCCACCAGGAGGUUAGGUUAGCGACCAGGAAGUUGCGAAGGCUACCAGAAGGUUAGCUAGGCUACCAGGAAGUUAGCCGGAUUACUAGAAAGUUAGCCAGCUCUACCAGGAAGUUAGCAAGGCUACCAGAAGGUUAGUAAGGAUACCAGGAUGUUAACCAGGCUACCAUGAAGUUAGCUAGGCUACCAGGAAGUUAGCCAGGCCAACCGAAGGUUAGCUAAGUAACCAGGGAGUGAGCCAGGUUACUAGAAAGUUAGCCAGCUCAACCAGGAAGUUAGCAAGGCUACCAGAAGGUUAGUAAGGCUACCAGUAAGUUAACCAGGCUACCAGAAAGUUAGCUAGGCUACCAGGAGGUUAGUCAGGCUACCAGAAGGUUAACAAGGCUACCAGGAAGUUAGAUAG